CCAACAUUAAAAUCGAGAAGUGGAGUACGCCUAAAUGUUAAUUUGAAAAAAAAAAAAACAAGGCAGAAAAGGUUUUACUGCUAAAAUAGUAGAUUUAAUAUUAUUGUAAGCCGCUUGUGUUAUAAUUAGAGAACAACCACAUUUAAGGGACACUGCAAGUGAGGCUGUUGGGAAAUCACCGUAUCCAUGCACACCAUCAGCACCGGGGUCCCCCAAGGAUUGCCCGGAGAAAACCCACGCAGGCACAGGGAGAACAUGGAAACUCCACACAGGCGCAUCCGGGAUUGAACCACGGACCUCGGAACUAUGAGGCCAACAUUUUCCAGCUGGUUCACCGUGCCACCCACUUUGCCAAUUUGAAUAUGAAAUGCACAUUUCAAACAUUAAUGGAAAUCACGUUUUAGCAACACUUGGAAAAGGAGGAAGGCAUUGUGAUGGAGUGGAACACAUUUUUGAGAAGUGAUGACUUCCUGUGUGGCAGUUUCAUCAAAAACGGUGCAUUGACACUUGUGGAUGCCGAGCAGGGUGACAGCUCACCAGACAACAACAUGACAACUCGACUGAAGACCACCAGCUCUGAGGAUCAUCUACUCAAAACACCUGAACAAAAACCUGGCUUAGCAAGAGCCAAGCAGUUCUCUCCGGGCCAUACGCGUAAACUGGGCCAGACAAGAAAGAUCCGAUACAGGAGGGAUUUCAAAGAUGAGGAAAACCCCGAAGAGAGAGCACGUCACCUCAAAGAGCUGGAGCUGAAACCUUUGUAUAAGGAGUUGUUGUACACUAUUGCACACAAGAUGGGAAAAUCAGCAUCAACUGAGGUCUUCACGGAUAGCCAACUUCACCAGUAUAUAAAAGAGGCCCUCACAAUGACAGAGGAUGAGCACAACUCUCUGAUGGACAAAGUACAAAAUGCAGAGCCGCCUGUCUACUGCCUGAUGGCCACUGUAAAGGAAGCCAAAGAAAUCCUGGGAAAAGAUGUUAGUGGUUUCAGUGAUCCGUAUUGCUUGCUGACCAUACUGGAAGAUGAAGAAGAGCGACGCACACGUCGAUCCAGAGCCAAAGCCUCAAAAUAUGUGGUUAAGGACGCCGUGUCUGAUGAUAAGAUUUAUCAGACCGACAUCAAGAAGCAGACCCUCAACCCAAUUUGGAACGAAACAUUUAUACUGGAGUUUGAAGUCCUCGUGGGUGCCAGCUUCCAUCUUGAGAUGUGGGAUAAAGAUGAGGAGGUGUCGCUCAGUCAGAAACUCGAGGAGUUCACAACCAACUUUUCUAGUUUAAGCAGAAUUAUUAAGGAGGUCAAAAAGGAAAAAGGGACUGAUGACUUUUUGGGGAAAGUAGUCAUAAAACUGCAGGAUCUUCACUGUACUGAGGACAACUGGUACAUUUUGGAGCCAAGAACGGAGACAUACCCAAACCGAGGCCAGUGUCACCUGAAGCUCAAGUUUAUCCAUAAAACGAGAGAUGACACACUAAGUCCAGGUCGAAAUGCUUACAUCAACUACUGUGGAAUCCUGGAACAGUUUGUUCUGUCUUACAUUUCCAAGCAAAAGAGUUCGACUCCAUGGAAAGGGGAACUGUGUGGUGAGGCUCAGACUCUCCUGGAGUAUUACGCCACGCAGAAUGACCUCUCACCUUUUCUACAAGACCUGGCGAAGUGGCUGGCUUACAGCAAACUGUGCCAAAGCAUAGAGGUGGACUCCUCUUUGCUUUUACAACAGCUGACUUGUGUGGAGUACCACUGGCAUCAACAGGAGCUGCCACACCAACAGAAACAAGAACUUGGUGACUCGCUUCAUGGUUUCCUGCAUUACGGACUCCAUCUUGUGUCAAAAUACAGGGACGUCUUCCCUCCAACGCAGAGUGCCACUCAAAAGUUACACACGUUGCUCAGAAUCUUAGUCCAGAUCUGCAAGACGCAGGCUUUUCAGAAAAUGAACCCGGCUGAUUUUGAAGUGCACGAUGAGGUGGCUGAUGCAGUGCAGACAGGUACACAGGAGUGGUUUACCAACAAAAAAGGUUUGCACCAGCCAAUGACCAAGGAGCCAGCAGAGAUCAUUAGCGCUUUGUCCAAGUUGAUUGAGGAAAUACGGGAUGACAUAAAACUCAACAAGGAUGUCUGGAAUAGAACUUUUGUGAGUGCAGUACAAGUGGACGCGUUCACUGCAGUCUACAAGACGUUUGACUCUCUGCUUGCUACAGAAGUGAGAGAAACCUUAUCUGAAAUGGAGGGUCGCAUUGAUCAGGGUCUAGCAAACAGCCUGUUUCCCGUUUACCUGAGCUUGCAAGCAAUCCGUAAAGACAAAGCCUUCGUGCAGAAAAGGGGUUUACUUAAGCUAAGCAACUUUCAUGUGAGCUUCAGAGAGGCUCAGCCUUACUGGCUCAAGCAGAUGUUCAACACCACAAUGGACAGAGUGGAGAGAGCCGUGAAGGUUGACCAGCUUCAGCCCCUGAACUCUGGUGACGUGCCCAUAAAACACAGCUCCUCAGCAGUGGACCUGGCGGCGUGUAUCCAGCCUGUGUGCGAUCUGUGGGAGCAGAUGUCCUGGCCUGACCCUGAGGAGGCCUUCAUGCUCAUGGUCAAAAUCGUAGAGGAUGUGUGCAAGAUUGUGGUGACCUAUUGUCAUAGUUUGAAGGACAGAGCCAGAAUGCUCUCAAAGAAGUCUGACCAGGGAAGCGCCAUUAACUUGCUAUGUGUUGUGGUGAAUGACCUGGAAUACCUGCGCUCUGUCCUGGCACAACUUCCCACACAGCUGAACUGGGCAGGGCUCCGGGAGCGCACGCAACACGUCAUCGGGGAAAGUCAGUUCCACAACACGUUGCCGUUACAGGUGCAGCAAGCUCAGGGAAUUCUCAGACGACAGAUCCGCUCUGCUUUGGACAUGCUGAGCAGAAAGUUGAAUACAGACAUUGAGACUCACGUCAGAGGAAUGUCAACUAGAAGGAGGAUUCCCUCCAAAUCCAUAGAAGAUGCUGCAACCCCUCUCAUGCGCUAUCUGGAAAAAGAGCUGCAUGACAUGAACCAAAACUUGGUUCAAGAGAACUUCAACAGUCUCCUCACGCCUUUGUGGAACAACUCCAUGAAGAUUCUCCACCAGAUGGUCUCUGAGCAUUCGCAGCAAGAAGGGUUCAUGGUGUUCUGUCACAGGCUGCUGUACACGCUGCAGUGCUUGGAGCAGUGUUUCUACGGCGAGGGUAAUGGACUUCCAUUGAACGUACUCCACUCUGAUGAGUACAAGACUCUCAAGAACUACCUGACUCAUCACUCUCUGAGCAGUCGCCAGCUUGUGGACAAGUUCCUGGAAGGGAAAAUAUGGGAACAGAGAGUGAUUGCCGGUGAGAAAUAUGGCGCUGUCACGCUUCUCGCCUCCUACAGGAGAUCAGACCAAAGGCUGAGAGUUGAAGUGUUGAACGCAGUCAACCUCCUACCAAUGGAUUCCAAUGGUUUAAGUGAUCCAUAUGUGAAGUUGUGUUUGGAGCCUUACCACACCUUCCCUCUUGUAGAACCUUGUUGCACUCAGAUAAAAAGCUGUGAUCUUAAUCCUCUGUUCGAUGAGGCCUUUGAGUUCCUAAUCGGACUGGAGCAGUGCCAGGCUCCAGGGGCUUGCUUGGUCGUGACGGUUCUGGACCAUGACAUCUUGAGAACAGAUGACUUUGAAGGUGAAGCCUUCCUGUCCCUCAAAGACAUACCUGGUGUAGCAAGAGGGGAUGGAAAAGACGGACAGAACUUUCAUCCAGAUGUUCCUCCUGCUCAAAUACGUCUCCCCCUGACACAUCCAAAACCUAAUGAAAACAACAUCCUUAAGUUGCUGGAGUCCAGGAAAGGGGAGCGGGAAAUACAAGCCUUUGUGAAGAAAAGAAGACAACGAGAGAAACAGUCCAGAGAGCAAAGUCAAGCACAACACGCACACUUUUUUUUUUCAUCCAAAAAUAUAGAAUUUGCUUUAAUGAACUAAAUCCA